UGUUUCUGUCAGUCGCGCAGUAGUGUAGGGCAAAGCUUGGUGGGAAGCGGUAUUUUGUUUCUUGCUCUUCGUUGUUGAGAUUCAAUCCGUUUUACAGAAUCUCUGCGGCAGCCGUCACCAUGUCGGUCCCAAGCGCACUCAUGAAGCAGCCGCCCAUUCAGUCUACGGCUGGGGCCGUCCCAGUUCGCAAUGAGAAAGGUGAGAUCUCAAUGGAAAAAGUGAAGGUAAAACGUUAUGUGUCCGGAAAAAGACCAGAUUAUGCCCCUAUGGAGUCCUCAGAUGAAGAGGAUGAAGAAUUUCAGUUCAUUAAGAAAGCUAAGGAACAAGAAGCAGAGCCUGAGGAACAGGAGGAGGAUUCAUCCAGUGACCCCCGACUUCGGCGGUUACAGAACCGCAUCAGUGAAGAUGUGGAAGAGAGGUUGGCUCGACACAGAAAAAUAGUGGAACCUGAAGUAGUGGGAGAAAGUGACUCAGAAGUAGAAGGAGAUGCUUGGCGCCUGGAACGAGAAGAUAGCAGUGAGGAAGAGGAGGAGGAAAUCGAUGACGAAGAAAUAGAGCGGCGCCGCGGCAUGAUGCGGCAGCGAGCACAGGAGAGGAAAAAUGAAGAGAUGGAGGUCAUGGAGGUGGAAGAUGAAGGACGCUCUGGGGAGGAGUCCGAGUCAGAGUCUGAGUAUGAGGAGUACACAGACAGUGAAGAUGAAAUGGAGCCUCGACUUAAGCCUGUCUUCAUUCGAAAGAAGGAUCGUGUGACAGUUCAAGAACGAGAAGCUGAGGCAUUGAGACAGAAGGAAUUGGAGCAGGAAGCAAAACGCAUGGCUGAGGAGCGGCGCAAGUACACCCUCAAGAUUGUAGAAGAAGAGACCAAGAAAGAGCUGGAGGAGAACAAGCGGUCCCUUGCCGCCCUGGAUGCACUCAAUACAGAUGAUGAAAAUGACGAGGAGGAGUAUGAGGCGUGGAAAGUCCGAGAGCUCAAAAGAAUCAAGCGGGACAGAGAGGACCGAGAAGCGCUUGAAAAGGAGAAAGCAGAAAUUGAACGCAUGAGAAACCUGACUGAGGAAGAAAGGCGGGCUGAACUUCGGGCAAAUGGCAAAGUCAUUACCAACAAAGCUGUUAAAGGCAAAUACAAGUUUCUACAAAAGUAUUAUCACCGAGGUGCCUUCUUCAUGGAUGAGGAUGAAGAAGUCUACAAGAGAGAUUUUAGUGCACCUACUCUCGAGGACCAUUUCAAUAAAACCAUUCUUCCAAAAGUCAUGCAGGUCAAGAAUUUUGGACGGUCUGGUCGCACCAAGUACACCCACCUUGUGGAUCAAGAUACCACUUCUUUUGACUCUGCAUGGGGCCAAGAGAGUGCCCAGAACACAAAAUUCUUUAAACAAAAGGCCGCAGGGGUACGAGAUGUAUUUGAACGGCCAUCUGCCAAGAAGAGGAAAACCACCUAGGCUUCUACUACUUUCAAUGGAAGGGCACAGGGGAUCUGGUCCUCAGCUCUUGAGCCAUUAUUUAUAUAGUUCCUGUAUAGAGCUUUUCAGGCUUGCGGCCAUAACUUGUGUUUGGAGGUGCUUUGUAAGAGGUUUGGACUCAUACCAAGAAAUCCACAGAAAAGUACUAACCAGAUAGGAUUUGAGGCUUCCCACUUAAAACUAUUCCUGAGAAACCUUAGGUUUCUCUACCUUGGCUUCCCAUAUUGACUUGGGACUAUUCUGAGUUUGUUUUUCCAGCCUGGAUCAGAUACCUGGACAUCUGAGUGGAUGGCACAUUACCUCUUCCUUAGGGUUAGGAGUCGGCUAUCAGGAAAUCCAAGCGCAGCCCAACCUGUUUUCGCAUUUGGGGUGCUGAAUCUACUUUUCUAAGUAAAUAUGCUUUUCGACGUG